GGGCGCUUGCGAACAACAAUGUUGUUUGAUCUUUUCGGUCGCUGUUGCGAUGAUCCUGCAUUGAUUGCUCCAAUGCCGUGUCGCUAAUUUCCAUCCAUCCAUUGCUUGCUUAAGUUUGUAUAUACCUACCUACAUACGUACAGCUACCGUACGUUAUCAACAAUACCACUGCACCUCACUGCACCACCUGCAACUAGGUACUUCCUCCGGUUUGAGCGAACCUAUCACGAGGAUCCGAUCCCUCCAAUCGCGCACUGCAACUAUUGGGCUGGCCCCCGAAAUACCCCGUGCUUUUACAACCGCCGUCUAAUAAGACUUGACUUUAUAUUUUGGCCCGUUCCAGCCCUCGAUUUGAGACCUUCCCGCUUCCCUACUAUACUUAUGCAUUCCAUCUUGUCUUGUCAGUUCCGUCGCCUUUUCAUUGAUUUCCAGAAGUCAACACCGGUAAUUCGGUUUAGACCGUUUUUACCAACGCCCUAUCAAAAUGGAAGCUUCGUUUCCAAAUGUAAUGAACCAGCCGGUCCAACCAGUUCAACCGGUCCAGCCAGACCGGACGGAAUUAGGGCCUCCGCCGAUGAUUAUCCAGCAGUACGCCAGGUAUCCUGCUCCGGAGCCUGGCUUACAUAGCGCAUCUUCAAUAGGUAGUGCUCGCAGUCAGAUUGCCACCUCCAAAUCGCCCCCUCUUCACCGCAAAGCCACCCCGCGCAGCUUACAAGCAUCGCCAACCGCCCCACGCCCUGGCGUGCCCCCAGCACUAGCACCGGCACAAGUACCAACUCCAGCACCAGCGCCAGCGCCAGCGCCAGCGUCAGCGCCAGUGCGCCAAGCACCCUCCUUGUCUCCUCCCCACUAUGACUCUUUGCGCCAGAGGUCUACUCGAGAACAGAUGGAAUCGGCUGAGACCCGAUCUCUUCCGUCUCGCGACAUCACGGACGCAAGCAUCGACGAUGCAUACAUUAUGUUUAUAUUCUAUUGUAAUCCGAAUGUCCCUUUGUCGAUGGACACGUCGGAGUUACGAAAGACCUUCAGAUGCCCUCCACGGAGUGAUGGAAAGAGCUUCAGUAUAUUUGCGCUUUACGAACUGAUCAAGAAGCUGGAUUGCAAAGAGUUAAAGACAUGGAUUCAGCUGGCUAUCGAGCUGGGGGUAGAGCCGCCCUGCAUGGAAAAGAAACAAAGCACGCAGAAAGUUCAGCAAUAUGCAGUGCGACUCAAGCGCUGGAUGCGUGCGAUGCAUGUCGAUGCCUUCUUUGAAUAUUGUCUAGGACACCCUCAUCCUUAUUACACUCAGCUCCCGCCUAGCGGUAUUAUAAGCGAGAGCCGGGAUGGGGUACCACUCGAGGAAGAUCUUGCCUUGCGAGCGCUCGUCCCUCAGUGGAAGCCAAAACGCGGGCGAAAGCGAGCCGAGCUCGAGGCGAUGGAAAAGGCCGCCAAGCGACCACAACUUGACACAUCCAUGAACGUGAUGAAUCCAGGGCCCUUUUCCGGGCAGACCUCGACAUUUCCCACCAGCGCUAUUCCAUUCAGUGCAUUUCCUGAUGAGAUAGAGUCGACUGAUCCGUGGAUGGGGAAUGCGCAUACAUUUUCAACUGAGGGUCCAUCUGUGACUCAUGCUCCCCAGCAAAGUCAAGAUCUGCGUUGGAGGCAUAUUGAACGCGAUGCUUCGCCCAACGGCUAUCCUCAUUCUGCCAUUAUUCCCAGAAGUAAUCAUCAAUCGGAAAUCUUCAUUCAGCCUGCAGAGCCACGCUCAGCAGUGACACCAUCCACUGGUGAGAAGACACGCCCCAAACGGCGUCAUGGCCCCGCUGUAUCAUCUGCCUGGCCUAGUAACAAUGGGAGCAAUGGAAAGACGCGGGGCCGACCUCCCAAUCGAGGAACAGUGUCAGGCCCAUUUUCAUCCUUCCCAGUGAAUCCUGUCCGCUCCGAAUCUACCCAUCAAGCAAACUCCGCAAUCCGAUCAUCUCCUGCCAUUGUUCUCGAUCAAGAGCACACUAACCGGUUUAGUGACUCACCAUACCAGCAAUCACCUACACCAUUCAAUUUAGGUCCCAAACCGAAUAAGCUGCAGCUCCAGGUUCCACAGCACCCGGGAGGACCUGUGCGCCUCGCGACACCGCCCACCUUGGCGGUAAACGGAGUCCAUGGCGCCUCUGGCAUGAUGAAAACAGAGAAUAACCAGCGCAACGGGACUCUGGCACCGCUUUACGACUAUGCUGGCAAUGUGGGUGUCACCAAUCCCUCUUCUUAUGCCAAUCGCAACCUCGUGCAACAAACAGAGAUUACAGCGGACGACGUUGUACGUGUUCUAGCAGGCGAGCUACUGCGUGGUAGGGUUGUCGGUCGGUCUGCUCCUCUCAGUGCGGAAGAGGGCCGGGGUUUAGCAUCAUCUGUUGUCUCAAGCCUCACGCCCACAUACGCGAAGAUACCAGGCGGUUCAGCGGCCCUCAUGUCCGCGUUGCACCUGGGUCUCGGACACCAAUUCGGCUAUCCCGGAGUCACCGAAAGUGUGAUGACCAUCCACAUCGAGAUGAUGCCUUCGGCUUCCUCCACUGCACCAAGCGUGGAUGGAACCCCUUCAAAUCACGUAUAUACGAUCACUCACGAGUACAAGCACGGGCUACGGUUCUCGACCAAGGUGACUUACGGAAACCUCAACAUUGGCACAUCGGACAGUAACAAGUUUGAAAGCUCGUUCCGGGCGACGGACGAGCUGGACAACAGUAUUGCGGAGCUGGACAGCAUCACCGAUGCUGAAUUCGACGUGGAAGGCGCGGAUGGAAACGUCUCCGAAGCCACGUGGAGGCAAAGGUACCUCAAGCUUCGUGCGCAGAUGCAGAAGAAGGAACGGUCGCUCUCUAAUUAUAAACGCAAGAUCUUAGAGUCUGUAAUGGCAGACCUCUAAGCCGGCGCAUCCUCAAUUAUCUUUAGCCCCCAGCAAGGUUUCAACUGUGAUACCCUAAAACAUGAUGUAAGCUCGACAGGCAACCACUGCCUGUCAGUUCUGUGCUAUUUGGACAUAACACCUCUGCCGCGUAUACUCCGGGUACGAAGCUGGAGUGAUUCUGUGUUAUUUUUGGGUUCUGUUCAUUCGUUUUACUGAUACCCUUUGAGCAAACUUACCUUGACAUGCGUCUACUUACUAUAGAAUUUGACUUCUCUACUUUCCAAUGCAUGCUGGUAUUUAACAGC